GGCUCGGGCUCGGGCUGCUGACCGCUGGCCCGGGGGAGGCGGGGGCGCCCCGGGCUCGGCGCCGAGGGGUCGCGCUCCCCUCUCCUGACGCCUCCGACUCCCGGUCUCCGAAGCUUGAAGAGGAGGUUUGAUUCAGCAACUGUUUCCUCUUUUUCCGGGUCGCUCUGACCCUCUCUGGAUACUGGGUUGAUCCACGGAAAAAAAAACGAAGACGACGUUUGGGAUUUAAUUUUUGCUCUCAGUUUUUGGAAUCUUUUACUUCUCACUUGGACAAGAACUCACGAGCAAAAUCCCCGAGUUACACACAUCUUGUGUUGGGGUGGAGUGUUGGUUUGGGAAUGAAAAGAUCCAGGGUCUCUAGGAAGGAAGGCGACGAUUGUGUGAGGCUUUCCUAGAGGGUGUUGUAAACCUGGUUCCUAAGGAAGAGGAAGGCAGCCCUGGAGUGGUUUCUUCACAGUAAUUUCAACAGAAGAGUGAGAGAUGGAACCCGAAGAAGAAAGGAUUCGUUACAGCCAGAGACUGCGUGGUACCAUGCGACGACGCUAUGAAGAUGAUGGCAUCUCAGAUGAUGAAAUUGAAGGGAAAAGAACUUUUGACUUGGAAGAGAAACUCCACACCAAUAAAUAUAAUGCAAAUUUUGUUACUUUUAUGGAGGGAAAAGAUUUUAAUGUAGAAUAUAUCCAGCGGGGUGGCUUAAGAGACCCUCUGAUUUUCAAGAAUUCUGAUGGACUUGGAAUAAAGAUGCCAGAUCCAGACUUCACUGUGAAUGAUGUCAAAAUGUGUGUGGGGAGUCGUCGCAUGGUGGAUGUCAUGGAUGUGAACACACAGAAAGGCAUUGAAAUGACCAUGGCUCAGUGGACACGCUACUAUGAGACCCCAGAGGAGGAGCGAGAAAAACUCUAUAAUGUUAUCAGUCUAGAGUUCAGCCACACCAGGCUGGAGAACAUGGUGCAGAGGCCCUCCACGGUGGAUUUCAUUGACUGGGUAGACAACAUGUGGCCAAGGCAUCUGAAGGAGAGUCAGACUGAAUCGACAAAUGCCAUCUUGGAGAUGCAGUACCCCAAAGUGCAGAAGUACUGUCUAAUGAGUGUUCGAGGCUGCUAUACUGACUUCCAUGUGGACUUUGGUGGUACCUCUGUUUGGUAUCACAUCCAUCAAGGGGGAAAGGUCUUCUGGCUCAUCCCCCCUACAGCCCACAACCUGGAGCUGUACGAGAAUUGGCUGCUGUCAGGGAAACAGGGAGACAUCUUUCUGGGUGACCGGGUGUCAGAUUGCCAGCGCAUUGAGCUCAAGCAGGGCUAUACCUUCGUCAUUCCCUCAGGCUGGAUUCAUGCUGUGUACACUCCUACAGACACAUUAGUCUUUGGAGGCAAUUUUUUGCAUAGCUUCAAUAUCCCCAUGCAGUUAAAAAUAUACAACAUUGAAGAUCGGACACGGGUUCCAAAUAAGUUCCGUUAUCCAUUCUACUACGAGAUGUGUUGGUACGUGUUGGAGCGCUAUGUGUACUGCAUAACAAACCGUUCCCACCUAACUAAGGAAUUUCAGAAAGAGUCCCUCAGUAUGGAUUUGGAGUUAAAUGGGUUGGAAUCUGGAAAUGGGGAUGAAGAAGCAGUGGAUCGAGAACCGAGGCGCCUGAGCAAUAGGCGUUCUGUCCUCACGAGCCCUGUAGCCAAUGGGGUCAACCUGGAUUAUGAUGGACUGGGCAAAACCUGCCGAAGUCUUCCAAGUCUGAAGAAAACCUUGUCAGGGGACUCCUCCUCUGACUCUAGCCGGGGCUCCCAUAAUGGCCAAGUGUGGGAUCCCCAGUGUAGUCCUCGAAAGGACAGGCAGGUGCAUUUGACCCAUUUUGAGCUUGAAGGCCUCCGCUGUCUUGUAGAUAAGUUGGAGUCUCUGCCACUGCACAAGAAAUGUGUCCCCACAGGGAUAGAAGAUGAAGAUGCUCUUAUUGCCGACGUGAAGAUUUUGCUGGAGGAGCUUGCCAACAGCGAUCCCAAGUUAGCCCUCACCGGAGUCCCUAUAGUGCAGUGGCCAAAAAGGGAUAAGCUUAAAUUCCCCGCCCGGCCAAAGGUGCGGGUUCCUACCAUCCCCAUCACAAAGCCUCACACCAUGAAACCGGCUCCUCGGUUAACACCUGUGAGGCCAGCUGCCGCCUCCCCCAUAGUGUCAGGAGCCAGGCGGAGACGAGUGCGCUGUCGGAAGUGCAAAGCGUGUGUGCAAGGAGAGUGUGGUGUUUGCCACUACUGCAGGGACAUGAAGAAGUUUGGGGGGCCUGGUCGCAUGAAGCAGUCCUGUGUUCUUCGGCAGUGCUUGGCACCCAGACUGCCUCACUCCGUCACGUGUUCCCUCUGUGGAGAGGUGGAUCAAAAUGAGGAGACACAGGACUUCGAGAAGAAACUCAUGGAAUGCUGUAUCUGCAAUGAGAUUGUUCAUCCUGGCUGCCUCCAGAUGGAUGGAGAAGGGCUGCUUAACGAGGAAUUGCCAAAUUGCUGGGAGUGUCCAAAGUGCUACCAGGAGGACAGCUCAGAGAAAGCGCAGAAGCGGAAAAUGGAAGAGAGUGACGACGAAGCCGUGCAAGCCAAAGUCCUGCGGCCCCUGCGGAGCUGCGACGAGCCCCUCACGCCCCCGCCUCACUCACCCACCUCCAUGCUGCAGCUCAUCCAUGACCCGGUCUCCCCCCGGGGUAUGGUGACUCGGUCAUCCCCUGGGGCUGGCCCCAGCGACCACCACAGUGCCAGCCGCGAUGAGCGCUUCAAACGGCGGCAGUUGCUGCGGCUACAGGCCACAGAGCGCACCAUGGUACGGGAAAAGGAGAACAAUCCCAGCGGCAAAAAGGAGCUGUCUGAAGUUGAGAAAGCCAAGAUCCGGGGAUCGUACCUCACUGUCACGCUGCAGAGGCCCACCAAAGAGCUCCACGGGACAUCCAUUGUGCCCAAGCUGCAGGCCAUCACGGCCUCCUCUGCCAACCUUCGCCAUUCCCCCCGUGUGCUAGUGCAGCACUGCCCAGCCCGAACCCCCCAGCGUGGGGAUGAGGAGGGGCUGGGGGGAGAGGAGGAGGAAGAGGAGGAGGAGGAGGAGGAAGAUGACAGUGCAGAGGAGGGGGGUGCAGCCAGGCUGAAUGGCCGGGGCAGUUGGGCUCAGGAUGGAGACGAAAGCUGGAUGCAGCGGGAGGUCUGGAUGUCUGUCUUCCGCUACCUCAGCCGCAGAGAACUUUGUGAAUGUAUGCGAGUGUGCAAGACGUGGUAUAAAUGGUGCUGCGACAAGAGACUUUGGACAAAAAUUGACUUGAGUAGGUGUAAGGCUAUUGUACCCCAGGCUCUCAGUGGCAUCAUCAAGAGGCAGCCAGUCAGCCUUGACCUCAGUUGGACCAACAUCUCCAAGAAACAACUGACGUGGCUCGUCAACAGGCUGCCGGGACUGAAAGACCUCCUCCUAGCAGGCUGCUCCUGGUCUGCAGUAUCUGCCCUCAGCACCUCCAGCUGCCCCCUUCUCAGGACCCUUGAUCUUCGGUGGGCAGUAGGAAUCAAGGACCCUCAAAUUCGGGACUUGCUGACUCCACCGGCUGAUAAACCAGGUCAGGACAAUCGCAGCAAGCUCCGGAACAUGACUGACUUCCGGCUGGCAGGCCUUGACAUCACGGAUGCCACGCUUCGCCUCAUCAUUCGCCACAUGCCCCUCCUCUCUCGAUUAGACCUCAGUCACUGCAGCCACCUGACAGACCAGUCCUCCAACCUGCUCACCGCUGUCGGGUCUUCCACUCGCUACUCCCUCACGGAGCUCAACAUGGCAGGUUGCAAUAAAUUGACAGACCAGACCCUGAUCUACCUACGGCGAAUUGCCAACGUCACCUUGAUCGACCUUCGAGGAUGCAAGCAGAUCACUCGAAAAGCCUGCGAGCACUUCAUCUCAGACUUGUCCAUCAACAGUCUCUACUGCCUGUCUGACGAGAAGCUGAUACAGAAGAUCAGCUAAAACACGCGCAGCCCAGACUGAGCAGGAAACCGAUCUUCCCCUGACUCCCCAGCCAGGAGAGCCUCUCUCCCCGACCCUGCACGGGCUCUGAGGCCAGCGUCACACUCCCUCUCUGCUCUCCUGUCCCUUGAGCCCUUCCCCUACAGGCGGGGCAGAGAGGGGGCUAGACACCAGGCUUGCCUGCCUGCUCCUCUCCUCCUGAGGAGAAAGGAGUAGCAGACUGAUCCGAAUCCGAGGGGAGAGCACAGGCUGUAUGCUGUCAAGGUGCCUGCUCGCUUGCUCACCUGCCUGUCUGCCCGCUUGUUCACCGGCCGGGAGGCCGGGCUCUCAGUUUGGGGUGUCUGUGCAACCGUCAUCCGUGCUGGGCCCUGGAGCCCUUCUCCCCAUUCAUGGUCCCCAGCCGUGCCUGGUUCUGAGCAAAUUUCCAGGGAAGAAAGCGGCCCUGUCUCCGUGGCCAGGUUCUCCUCGUGGUGUCCCGUGCGUGUCUCUCCUCCACCACACUCUCCCGGCUUAUGCAGGAGGGGCCAGCAGCCCCAGGAAGGCCAGACCCGUGCAGAUCAUACUGGUGCUGUUGAGGUGUCUAAAACCUCUCAUCCGUGUCCACGCUCUGCCCCUUCCUUUAGCUUGAUCCUGUCCGAUGCUCGUGGUAGUUCGCGUAAUGAGGUCACACCCCCCCCC